AUGGCUGAAACAAACCAAACUACAAUUUCAGUUGUUGAACCUGAAGGUUUUGUUGAAACUGUGAAUGAAAAUGCUGUGGAUAAUCCAAUUGUCAUCCCAUCUGAAGAUGUCAUUGCUACACCACCAAAUGAUGUUGGUGUUACAGGUAUUCCCAUACUUGCUGCACAAAGAUACAUCGUUGACAUCAAUGGAUUGAUUGAUACAAAAAGCAACCAUUUCACCAUAGUUGUCAAAGUGAUGACACUUUGGGAGGUUCCAGAAGUAUCCAAAAAAAAUAAAGUCAACUCUGUUGAGAUGUGUUUGAUCGAUGCUCAGGGAAGCAAAAUUCAAGCAACCAUUCCCGGAAGAAUUGUGAAAGAUUUUGCAAAUUCUUUCAAAGAAGGUUGUGUUAGACGAUUAUCAAGAUUUGACAGUUGUCUCAAUAUUAGUGAGGGAUUCAGGUGUGCUAAGCACGAAUACAAAAUUGUGUUCAUGUUAAACACAAAUGUUGAAGCUGCAUUUGAUUUUGACAUCCCAGAUCAUGUGUUUGAGUUCACACCAUUGGCAGAAGUUACAAACUUUGUUGCCAACUUUGAUUAUUGUUUUGGCCACAUCAUGGCUUACAGCGAUCCAAUUGUUGAAAAUGGAAAGAAGAGGAUUUCAGUGGAGCUUAAAGAUGAAAGGGCUGACAAGCUAAAGGUUACUUUAUGGGGUGAACAUGCUUAUCAAGUCACUAAAUACAUGUCUAACAAUCCUCCGUCUCCUGUGGUUCUCAUUGUUCAAUAUGUUAAGUGUAAAAAAUACUACUCAAAAGUUUCUGUUACUACUAAUCUUUUUAAUGGGAAGAUAUAUCUUGAUGAUAUGGCAAUACCCGACAUAUCAGAGUACAAAGACAGAAGUAGUGGCAAUGAAAUGAAAGCUGCAAGUAUCCAAAAAAUUUCAAUGCUUUUACACGGUUCUGGAUACACAUCUUAUGAAGAAUUCAUAAAUGGAGCAAAACUUUUGUUAUUGGGUGACAUAGAUGAUCUUGAUGAGGUAGGGUAUGUUGUGAUUUUUGGCAAGAUCACAGGCUUAGCAAAAGAGUAUGAAUGGUCAUACAUUGGUUGCAGAGAUUGCAACAAGAAGGUGGAGGAAAUUGAAAAAGAAAAGGCAGGAAAAGAUUACCCUAAAAUACUAGAUGAGAUUGUUGGCAAGAAAUGUCUGUUCAGGUUGGAUGUCUCUAGAUACAAUAUCAGGAAUAGUAGUAGUGAGAUUUCUGUUGCUAGGCUUACUAUUGAUGCAGAAAUUAUCAAGAAGUACAUUGAUAAUGUUUCUGAAGAUCAUACUGCAGUAUCCUGCACUGGAGAUACAGAGAUAGGGAAUUUGGCCGAUGACAUGGCUGACAGUCCUCCUACAAAAAAUAAAAGUGCAGGAAGUUGCGGUGAAGAGUUUGGUGUAUCUUCCAGAUCCAAAAUUAACUUUGUUUAUCACAGAUCCCUGAAUGUGUUACAGUUAUUUUAUUUUAAUUAUGAUGGAUGUGAAAGGAUCCACCCAGAUGUCAAUACACGAACUGGUAACCGCUAUCUAUUGAGAUUAGAUCAUGCAAAGUGUGUUGAUGUUAAGCGCAAUCAAUGGGAGUUCAUGAUCAUGAAGGAAAAUAAUGAACCAGUAGGUUUUGAAGGCCGGGCGUGGGAGGAGUUUCAUGACUAUUAUUAUAACAGAAUAAAAUGUGUGAAUGUAAUUGUUAUUUACACUGGAAAUUUGUAUUUCCAUUUAAGGCUUUUCAACAAUGAAGGUUACUGCUGCAACCUAUAUAUUGUUGAUUCAGAUACAUCCGAAGGUGAAGUUGACACAGUGGACUAUCUAUGUAGCAACGGUGAUCCUAACACAUUUUCUGCAGUCAUGACUGACACUGUAAUCCACCAUGGCAGAUUGGAGAUACCCUGGCAUAUAGUACGCCGAUUGAAGUUAGAUGACUACACAAAUGCCAUUUUAUACUAUAAUGGAGUUCCAGUAAUUAACAUGCAUCGAGCUGUCACUAACGACAAUCCACAUCAGUUUGUUAUUGAAGGUGAUAUAAAGUACAUGGUGGAUUUGAAGAAAAUAUCUUUAGAAAAUUUCAUAAUGGUAAAUUCUUCUGCAAAAGAAGCAAGAUUGUUCAGGAAAGAUUUAUUAAAAGCAAAAAGGUUGUCGCUUCAGUCACGCAGAAGAAAUAAGCAAACAGUGGUGAUUUCUACAGUUCAAAUCAAUGAUGCUGUCAAUGGUAAGGAUGCAAGAUUUACCAGGAAAUAG